CUGCAAUGGCAACUCCCUCUCCAGCAAAGAGCAUGGGUGACCCUGGCAUCACCCCACUGUCACCCUCACACAUUCAGGUAAGAAACAUACCAUGGAAUAUUCUGUGUGGAGAUAAGUGCCGAAUGAAGUCAAACAACUCCAUUACUUUGUUAUGAGAGAUUGGUAGGCGAGAUUGGUAGGCGAGAUUGGAAUGAGAGAUUCACCACACGUCUUUUUAACUCAUCAACUAGCCAUCGGCUUUUCCAUCCAGAAUAAUUCACACAUCUCCUUAAACGUUCUCCAUUUGUUGACUCCAGUUUUCUGUCCUCUCCACCUCAGCAAAAUGACACGGACUCGAAUGCCAACACGGGACCUUCGUUCGUUGUGGUGGUUGCUAUCGACUUUGGCACCACUUCCAGCGGCUAUGCUUACGCCUUCACUAAGGAGCCAGAAUGCAUUCACACCAUGAGGUGAGCCAAGCCAACGCUGCAAUGCAGUCCCUGGUAGCAGGAGGAGAGAGAGCGAUUGAAGGAGUCAUAGGGAGGUGCGCUCAGGUCAGGCUGUUCUUUUCUGUAGCAGUUGUCUGGCAGGUGAUGCAGAAGAGAUAGCUAAUAAUGAUAAGAAUGCAUAGUGCUACUUUCUGUUCUUAGCCCUUAUCUAGGCGUAAUCAUACCAGAAGGGUUGCUGAUAGCCAGGUUAAAGUUGUUCAUCAAAGUAUUGCUCCUCAAAUUCAUUGUCAUCAAAUGGAGAUGUAUAGGGCACAGAGGCUUCUAACUGAAUUCCAAUGAUUGUCUUUAGAAGUCAGAUGAAAGAGUGUUUGCUCCCUCUCACCACUUAUAUGCCUCAUUGGCAGUCGUCAUGGCCCCAGUCAGUGUAAUGGUCCUGUUAGCGCUGGGAGGGGGAGCUGGUUCACUGAGCUGAGGAACCAGCUGGACUACAGUCCUGAGAUCCUCUGACCCAUAAAACACUAAGUUCAACUCUCUCCCCUGUGUGUGCCAGGCACCAGGGCCAACCUCCAUACAGUACAUUGCAGUCCCUCACAAAACUGACAGGUGUUUAUAUGGUUUCAUGCACUAGUUUUAGGGGCCCUAUUUGAACUUUGAGUUCAUGGAUAUCUUAGAGAAGGGGUGGCCAAUCUUAUCGGUAAAAGGCCAGUGUGGUUGCAGGUUUUUGUUGAUUUUAAUAAUUUUUCAAUUCAUAGCUAAACUUGUUGAUUUAACUGGCAAUCACCAAUAGUUAUAAGGAGUUUUCCAUAGAGAAACCAUGUCUGUAAACUCUAUAUACAACUUGUUACAGUUUUAUGCAUGACUCUCGAUCAAAAUCAGCACUUUCCCUCUUGCAAAAUAUGAACAGAAAACAGGUAACACUUUCUAGCACCGAAAAAUCACAGUCAGCGGUGAAACUCUUAAAUUCUGUAGCAGUUUUAAAACGUUGGUUGGUUAGACUAGUAGGUAGAACAGUAACACUAGCCCCUACACAGAGAUGUAGAAAUUAUGUCCUGAAUAACAUACAACUCUUUCUAUGUCUUUGUUCUAAAUAAAAUCAUUAAUGUCACAUCCUUAGGGUGAUGAAACACAGAGACACACAGAGAGACCCAGACUGAGAGAAGCAUCUAUUGGGGAAUCCUCUCCUGUCAUUAACUCCAGACAUCAGAUAACAGUUGAGCAAUAUAUUUUUACAAGUACUACUAGACCUUGCAGUGAAAACACCCAGAGCUCUAAGAUUAUUUAGUUUGGAUUUAACCAUCUUCUCCAAAUCCUUACAUAAACAUUGGCUUCUCAGGAUGAGCCCUCAGACUGGAUCUGUAAAGUUUGCCCAUACCUCAAAUGAACUCUUUUGGGGUGCUGUAACAUUUUAGUUUUCACAUGAUAGAGAUUUCAGGGUAGAACUCCUCUUUGAAUAGAGGAGGAAUGCAUUGGUGUAUUGAUAGUGAGCAUCAGCAAUUUGCGUCUCUAUGACAUAGACAUUAGUAUUCAUCCCCUGUCCUCACUGUAGCUGGCCCUCACAAUGGAGCAGGAAUCCAAUUGCAUAGCUAAACACUCAAACCAAUAGAAAACCAACUUGAGACAAAAACAGCUAUUCCAAAAUGGCUGCCAGUUCCUGAAGUUCCUCAAUAACUUCCCAACACUCUUACUCUUUCAACUGACAAUAUUUUUUGGUGUGUUGAUUUUUUUAGAUAGAAUUUCUGCUCCUGCUAAGUUUUGCAGUAAGCCAUCCUUUAUUUAGUAAUAUGUACUGUAUGUGCACUAAGGCUUUUAGAUUGUGAUUGUCAGAGAUCUGACCUCUGGCUACCCACUGCUCUAAAUGCCAGUCUUACAGACUGUACGCACAGUGAAAAUAAAUGCAUAAUUUACAGACUCUCAGUCCUUAAUGCAUUAUUCAGUGAGCUGUUAAUUCAGUAAGGCAUAUUCCAGUCCAGACCAUGUAAGGUCAUGUUAUACAGUAGGCUAGCUAUUUUUCACCUGUCAUGUUCGUACAUGUAGAUCAGUUUAGCUAUACUGUGAAAUUAUUUGCAUUCAGCAAAAAGUUUAAAUCACAACCAUGUUUUAAUUUCUGUUACAAUGACUAACACGCAGAUGCAGUCACAUUGAGGCUAUGUUGUUGCAAUGUUGAAUCAUGUGACAGAAUGAGUUUUGAAUAAAUAGGCUUCAGGUCUGGAUUGUUGGAUUGUAUCAAAUUACCAUGUUAAUUAGUAACCAAGCAUAGAUUAGGGCUGUCACGAUCGUCUAAAACAGGAGACCAAGGCGCAGCGUUGCGAGUGAACAUGAUGACUUUUAAUUAGAAAAGCACGUCAAUACAAAACAAAAGACGAAAGUGAAGUCCAACAGUAACAAAGACUAAACUUGGAACAAAAACCCACAAUGCCCACAGGAAAACAUUCAGAUAAAUAUGGCUCCCAAUCAGAGAUAACGAGCCGACAGCUGACACUCGUUACCUCCGAUUGGGAGUCACACGACACCACAAUUAACACACCCAAAACACAACCAACCGAAUACACCCUUACAACCAACCCCACAACAAAUACCCAACAAAACAAAUACACCCUGGCUCAAAUCCAAAAGUCCCGGAGCCAGAGUGUUACAGUACCCCCCCCUAAAGGUGCGCACUCCGGGCGCACCAGCAUACAGUCUCGGGGAGGGUCUGGGUGGGCGUCUGUCCACGGUGGCGGUUCUGGCCCUGGUCGUGGUCCCCACCCCACCUUAGUCACCACCCGCUUCCCUAGCCUCCUCCACAUGACCACCCUCCAACUUACUCCACCUGGAUUUAGGGGCAGCACCGGGCUAAGGGACAGCACCUGGCUAAGGGGCAGCACCGGACUAAGGGGCAGUACCGGACUAAGGGGCAGCACCAGGAUAAGGGGCAGCACCGGGCUAAGGGACAGCACCGGACUCAAUGGCGGAUCCUGGCUGGCUGGCUCUGGCGGAUCCUGGCUGGACGGCUCUGGCGGAUCCUGGCUGAACGGCUCAUGGCUGGCUGAAGGAUCUGGCUGCUCAUGGCUGGCCGACGGAUCUGGCUGCUCAUGGCUGGCCGACGGAUCUGGCUGCUCAUGGCUGGCCGACGGAUCUGGCUGCUCAUGGCUGGCUGACGGAUCUGGCUGCUCAUGGCUGGCUGACGGAUCUGGCUGCUCAUGGCUGGCCGACGGAUCUGGCUGCUCAUGGCUGGCUGAAGGCUCUGGCUGAUCCUGUCUGGCGAAAGGCUCUGGCUGAUCCUGUCUGGCGAAAGGCUCUGGCUGAUCCUGUCCGGCGGAAGGCUCUGGCUGAUCCUGUCUGGCGGAAGGCUCUGGCUGAUCCUGUCUGGCGGAAGGCUCUGGCUGAUCCUGUCUGGCGGAAGGCUCUGGCUGAUCCUGUCUGGCGGAAGGCUCUCGCGGCUCCGGUCUGGCGGACGGCUCUGAAGGCUCAUGGCAGACGGGCGGCUUAUGCAGCGCUUGGCAGACGGACAGUUCAGACGGCGUUGGGCAGACAGGCAGUUCAGGCGCCGUUGGGCAGACGGGCAGUUCAGGCGCCGUUGGGCAGACGGGCAGUUCAGGCCCCGUUGGGCAGACGGCAGACUCUGGCCGUCUGAGGCGCACCGUAGGCCUGGUGCGUGGUGCCGGAACUGGAGGUACCGGGCUGAGGACACGCAUCUCAGGGCUAGUGCGGAGAGCAGCAACAGGACGCACAGGACUCGGGGAACACACAGGAGGCUUGGUGCGUGGUGUAGGCACUGGUGGGAAAAGGCUGGAGACACGCACCAUACAGCUAGUGCGUGGAGGAGACACAGGGCUCUGCAGACUUACAGGAAGCCUAGUGCGUGGUGUAGGCACUGGUGGUACUGGGCUGGAGCGGGGAGGUGGCGCCGGAAAUACCGGACCGUGCAGGCUUACUGGCCCCCUUGAGCACUGAGCCUGCCCAACCUUACCCGGGUUGAUGCUCCCCGUCGCCCGACCAGUACGGGGAGGUGGAAUCACCCGCACCGGCCUAUGUGGGCGAACCGGGAACACCAUGCGUAAGGCUGGUGCCAUGUAAGCCGGCCCGAGGAGACGCACUGGUGGCCUGAUGCGUUGGGCCGGCUUCAUGACAUCCGGCUCAAUGCUCAAUCUAGCCCGGCCGAUACGUGGAGCUGAAAUGUACCGCACCGGGCUAUGCCUGCGUACAGGAGACACCAUGCGCUCUACUGCGUAACACGGUGUCUGCCCGUACUCUCGCUCUCCACGGUCAGUCCAGGGAGUAGGCGCAGGUCUCCUACCUGACUUCGCCACACUCCCUUUUAGCCCCCCCCCAAGAAAUUUUUGGGUAGUACCCACGGGCUUCCAGCCUCGACUCCGUUGUGCCUCCUCAUACCACCUCCUCUCGGCUUUAGCUGCCUCCAGCUCUUCACGAGGGCGGCGAUAUUCUCCCGGUUGUGCCCAAGGACCCUUUCCAGCCCGUAUCUCCUCCCAUGUCCAUGAAUCCUUUGGAGGCGUCCAUAAAUCCUGUGUAGGUUGGUCCUGUUGCCGCUUGACACGCUGCUUGGUCUUUUGAAGGUGGGUUUUUCUGUCACGAUCGUCUAAAACAGGAGACCAAGGCGCAGCGUUGCGAGUGAACAUGAUGACUUUUAAUUAGAAAAGCACGUCAAUACAAAACAAAAGACGAAAGUGAAGUCCAACAGUAACAAAGACUAAACUUGGAACAAAAACCCACAAUGCCCACAGGAAAACAUUCAGAUAAAUAUGGCUCCCAAUCAGAGAUAACGAGCCGACAGCUGACACUCGUUACCUCCGAUUGGGAGUCACACGACACCACAAUUAACACACCCAAAACACAACCAACCGAAUACACCCUUACAACCAACCCCACAACAAAUACCCAACAAAACAAAUACACCCUGGCUCAAAUCCAAAAGUCCCGGAGCCAGAGUGUUACAAGGGCUUUAUAGAGCAUGAUCAUGAAACACUAUGAUGUGAUUUGGAGUGGAGCAGAAUUUUCAAAGAGGAUCAUGAUACCCAUAGGGUUGUGGACAUACCAUCUAGCAUGAUGAUGAUUAUGGUCAUGGUGAUGACAAUGAUCAUAAUGAUGAUGAUGAAGAACAUCUGAACUAUCAAUGAUAAACUCGGAUUGUGCGCAAAAGAGCCCAAGAUAAUCUCCAUCAUAAUUUAGAUUAGCAGUGAGCAUCCAGUGGUUUCCCCCAAAUGUUCCAAAUGAGUCCAUCACAGCAGGCUUCUCCCCCAGUGAGACAGACCCAUAAUCUCAUCAGGGCACUUAGCAAACAUAUACUCAUCUCCAAGGAAACCAAACUAAUUAUAGUUAGCCUUCAUUUGCCCAGAACUAGUGUAGCUCAAUUAGCGUGUAGGUCAGGUUCAGAAAGCCAUUAGACUGACAACGAGGCACUGAUGAGGACACACUACUUGAAUGUGUGUGAUUAACCUUGGACAUGUCUGUUGUCUUUUAGUUCAGGUUGGAAUAUUGACAGGAUACAUCAAUGCUUUUAUGCAUUCCAUCUUAUUGAGCCAUAUUGAACCCUUUGACAAAAAUAGAGAAAAUGCACUGUAGGGAAUUGUCUGGGCCUUUAAUAAUUGACCAGUAUCAUUCGCAAGUAGGCCUACUUAGUUUUCAACCAGUUGUUUCAACAGAUGAAAGAUAGAUCCCACUGGGCACACACUGGUUGAAUCAACGUAAUUUGUCAACGUAUUGUGACGUGGAAUCAACGUGGAAAAUACAUUGGAUUUGAAAAAAAGUCAUCAACCAGUACUGUUUUCAUCUCAUUUGAACCAGCGUUGUAAACAUUGAAAUUAGGGUAAAACAUCAACUUAAAUACAUUGACUUAACCAAGUUGUUCAUUGGUUUAAAUGUUUUGUGGUCAUUCCCCAGACGCUGGGAGGGCGGCGACCCCGGAGUGUCCAAUCAGAAGACGCCUACCACCAUCCUCCUGACCCCGGACAGGAAGUUCCAUAGUUUUGGCUACGCAGCACGUGACUUCUACCACGACCUGGACACUACCGAGUCCAAGCACUGGCUCUACCUGGAGAAGUUCAAAAUGAAACUCCAUACAACUGCGGUAAACACACACUUCCCUUAUUACUCUCUGUCUGCCCUUGUGCAGGGCUGGCAGCUUGGUAGCCCUUGAUCAAGACUCUCAGUUCCAUUACAUUACACAAAGAGUCAUUGGACGAAGGCGUCUGCUAUACGGGGGAGUUUUGUUAAGAGCCCUGAUGCUCGGUUUGAACAUUAACACGCAUCACUUGUGGUACGGUUUUGGAAGCAUAAGGACCUUAUCUUUCAUAUCAGUGAGAAAUAAUAAUAAAUACAUAAAACGUUAAAUUGUUACACAGGGUUAGGGUUAGUGUUCCCAUACAGCCAUAUCUCCAUGUUAGUGUUUAUGGAAAACAGACGGAAGACAGAGUCGACUACCUGUGCUAAUUAGCUAUCUGCGUCUCCUAACACCUGUGUGUAAAUGUAAGACUGAAAAAUACUGUCGGCUGCAACUGUAUUAAAGCCGGUUAAAACAGUGUACAGUAAGUGUAUGUUUUGCAUUUAUGAAGUUAUUUUGAUGUGAUAUGAAACUAAAGGGAUUUAUGUUUCUAGAACCGUACCGCAAUUGAGAAUCGAUUCACGUUUAGAUGGCGUAUUUGGCUGUUUUGGCUUCCAGAGCCAAUUCGCCCUUUAAACAGAACAUGUAAGGUCCUUGGACUAUAAGGAGUAACGUUAGGCUCCUUUAGUCCAUUAUUGGGCUAGCAGCUUGGCUGCCCUGAGCUGACGUUGCAGCAAGCUCUUGAAGUGCUGUGUUCUGUGCCAAGUAAGAGAUAACACCGCCAGUAACUGUUGGCUCAGGCUACUGUUAUUGCACAUAUUUUACCAUAGAGGUACAAAUUGACAUUAUUUGGAUAAGGCUGAGUAUGUUGACUGGAUCUGUCUUAGUAUUUAUCAGUAGAUGUUUGUUGGGUGUUUAAAUUAAAAGAUUACGAUAAUGUUGAACUUUAGUUUUGUCUGUCAUCACUUCUUACCCCAAUCAGAAUCUCUCCAUCGACACAGAACUCCAUGCAGCCAAUGGGAAGAGAGUAAAAGCUAUUGAUAUUUUUGCAUACGCUCUGGCGUUCUUCAAGGAGCAAGCACUAAAGGUAAAGUAUUACCAGGUUCUACCUCAUGGUAUAUUACAUGCAAAAAAACAUGAGUUUCAUAUUGAAUGCAUGUAUCUUAUAUGAAUUAGAAAUAGCUCUUAAUGCUCAGCGAUAGUGCUGAUGUUAUGGUGGGUCAGGGAACAGAGAUGCCAUGUUUGAUGUGAUCCGGUGCAGGAGUUGAGUGACCAGGCGGGUGCAGAGUUUGACAAUGCAGACAUCAGAUGGGUCAUCACAGUGCCAGCCAUCUGGAAAAUGCCAGCCAAGCAGUUCAUGAGGGAGGCGGCCUACAAGGUGGGUUGGCCCCUGUCAAUCAACACAUGUCCAUGUGCACACGCAUGCAAUCACACAGGGAGGCACAUAUGCUCAUGCAUGCAUAUACACACACAGACACGCAUUGUAAGGUUGAAAGUCAAAUAUUCCUUGUUUCAAAUUACUGUCUGCUGUAUUCUGCUCAAACCAUCUAUCCCCCUCAGCGUAAAUGAUGCGUCCAUACAGUCUCGCCACUAGCUCUCGUUUGGCAGAGGUACUGCAAGUACUUGGGAGAGAAAGUGAUGACGGUGCAUGAUUAGCUUUACCACCCUGGCUGCUGCUGCUGCUGUGAUGUAUUACCUAUAGGAGAGAGGUUGGUGGCUGCUGUGGAGCUGCAGUGCCAGACAGUGACGACUACCCUCCCCCUCUCGCUCUCUCUCGCUCUCUUUCCUGUGUGGGGGCAGAGAGAGAAAGACUGAUCCACCACGACUGCAGUAGAGGAGAGGACAGAGAGGAGAGGGAGGGCAGCUGGAGGCAGCCACCAGGGAGAGGGAUAAUUUCAUCACUAAGAGUCGUCCCAAGAGAGAGAAUUUGAGGAUAAGACAGUGGGACAAGGGAUAGCAGGGAGAGUGUGCAUACUGAGGAUGAGAAUAGAGGAAGAGAAUUAAGUGUCUAUUGUGAGAAUUCUCAAUAGACUGUGAGGGGAGAGGAAAAUAAAUAUGACGAAUACCUUGGUUCUACAGAUCCCUACAAGACAGUAUACUGUAACUCCAAUGUAUACUAUUCCACAAUACAGACAUGCCAGCUUACAGCAUAGUAAGAGUGGGUGUGUGAGGAGGGAGGGGUGGAGGAGUGGGUGUGUGAGGAGGGAGGGGUGGUGGAGUGAGUGUGUGAGGGAGGGAGGGGGUGGUGGAGUGGGUGUGUGAGGAGGGAGGGGUGGAGGAGUGGGUGUGUGAGGAGGGAGGGGUGGUGGAGUGGGUGUGUGAGGAGGGAGGGGUGGUGGAGUGGGUGUGUGAGGAGGGAGGGCUGGAGGAAUGGGUGUGUGAGGAGGGAGGGGUGGUGGAGUGAGUGUGUGAGGAGGGAGGGGUGGUGGAGUGGGUGUGUGAGGAGGGAGGGCUGGAGGAAUGGGUGUGUGAGGGGGGAGGGGUGGAGGUACAGUACAUUAGUAUGUGUGAGAGAGGGUCUCAUGGGUGUGGCAGUCUGUCUGAGGCUGCGGCCGCCGGAUAGCGACUCCACCCUCCCCUCUGCAGUGAACAAAGAGGAUGGGCUGGAGAGAGAGAAGGAGGAGAGAGGGGAGAGAGAAAUAGAAGGAGACCGGGAAGGAGAGAUGGAGGAGAGGUUAAGACAGAGUGAGAGAGCGUGAUAUAUAGAGGGAGAGGAGAGACAUAGAGGGAGAGGAGAGACGGAGAGGAGAGAGGCUCUUUAGACUGCGCAUCUGCAGUGACUCAGCAUCCUCUGGCUGGAUCAUUUAUUACUGGUACUGGGAGAAACGGGACACCCCUACCUAACCCACGUCUCCCUCUCCUCCUUUCCUCUUCACUCUCCUCGACUCCUUCACCGCAACAUGCAGAUCUCACAGAGCAGAGGAAUGUGAUGCAAUGUUCAGCUUUUAUACUUUGCCUGUCUUUUUCUGUGUAUAUUGUGGACAGAAACACAAACCAGCCAGCACAGCAUGUGUUGAUUGAUAGGUCUUCAAGUUAAGGCAUUGUUUCAAGAAAUGUAAUAGCUUUUGGGAAUUCCUUUUAUGUUAGGAUUGCAUGAUUUAUCCCUUAUUCAAAUCUGUGGCCUGCCCAUGAGGCCAAUAUUUUUCCAAAAGCUAUUUAUCAUUUAGUAGUGAACUAGAUUAUGUUUUAGAUUAAUGAUGGUCGUGUUAAAUUGUUCCUUUUCAGCUGUAUAUGGUAUUUACACAGUAUUGUAUUACCGUAUAAGGGUAUGUAGAUGUUGUAACUUUGAUGUUACAAAAUUAAUUCAGCAAAUAGUUUGAUACUGACAGCCUUAUUGUCUUGCUUUCUAUUUUGAGGUAUCUUGAAUCCUUAGCAUACCCUGAAUACUUACCAAUGAGGGAUGUUCAUAGUAACUUACAAGACAGUUAUUCACAAUGCUGGAUUUAUUCGGGUCAUCUUUCUGAGACCUGUUAAGGAAAAAGCUGAUGUCCUGUAUUUCCUGUCUGUGCUCUGCCGUCCUCUAGGCUGGUCUGGUUCCCCGUGACAACCCAGAGCAGCUGAUCAUUGCCCUUGAGCCCGAGGCAGCCUCCAUCUACUGCCGCAAGCUCCGCCUCCACCAGAUGAUUGACAUUGGCACCAAGACCAACCAGAAUGGUUUCAGCCCCACUGAGAAUGUGGGGGCAGGGAUGACCCAGGGUAAAUCCCACCCCAGUCACCCCACAGGCCAAUCAGAAUAUGAGCAUCACAUUGAACAUCACAAUAAUAUACCAUGGUAACAUUUUGCAUCCCCCAUGUGGCGAUUUCAUACAGUAUGUGCCUCUCAAACUAAUCUUGGACUAUAGAUUGGUUAUUGGACGACAAGCAUGCUUAUAUAUAUAUUUUUUUUUUUGGGGGGGGGUCAUUUAACAGACGCUCUUAUCUAGAGCGACUUACAUUUAGUGAGUGCACACAUUAUUUGUUUUAUUUUUUAUUUAAUUUUUUUCAUACCCUCCGUGGAAAUCGAACCCACAACCCAGGCGUUGCAAACGCCAUGCUCUACCAACUGAGCUACAUCCAUGCCGGCCAUUCCCUCCCCUACCCUGGACGACGCUGGGCCAAUUGUGCGCCGCCCCAUGGGUCUCCCGGUCGCGGCCGGCCAUGACAGAGCCUGGAUUGGAACCAGGAUCUCUAGUGGCACUGCGCCACUCGGGAGGCUUAUCAUUCCAAAAAGUGUAAAAUCUGUGUUUUUGUCUGUAGAAUCAUUCUGGAUAACUUUUUCACGAUGGAGAGGUAGUGGUGGCCGGGGAAAACCGUCUUCCCGCUCAAGUCAGGUCACAGAUUUCUGCAGUGAUAUUGUAGGUUUGUUAUAGUGAUAUUGUACGUUUAUGUAAAAUGCUGCUAAUAGUCAAACAACCAGUGCCUUCAAUUAAUCUUAAACAUACAUUUCCUCUCAACGGAUAAUGUGUAUGGGACAAUAUCCUCAACCCUAACAUAACUUUUAUUUUCAUAUUCAGACACAAAAAAUGCAUGGACAAAUACAAAUCAUCACACUCCAUGUCUAUUUGCUUUUGUUUCUUUUUCCUAAAAUGUUCAUGAGCCCUUGAAUACAAUGGGAAAAUUGGCCUAUAACUUUUUGUAUUCAGGAUGUAGCAUGGGAACUGUACUGAUAUCUGAAUGUACAAAAGGUCAUUCAAAUACUAAAUAAUGCCACAUUAGAACUGGUCCAUAUUAUCCAAUGAAAUCCAAUCUCAUAUUUGACAGCAUGUGAAUCACCAAUCGCAAAUGACCAUAAACUCCCUCAAGCCUUUCCUCUCUCUCACUCAUCAAGUCAAAUCAAAUUUUAUUUGGCACAUACACGUGUUAAGCAGAUGUUAUUGCGGGUGUAGCGAAUUGCUUGUAAUUCUUGCUCCGACAGUGCAGUAAUAUCUAACAAGUAAUAUCUAACAAUUUCACAACAAAUACCCAAUACACACAAAUCUAAAUAAGGAAUGGAAUUUAAGAAUAUAUACAUAUAUGGACAAGCAAUGACAGAGCGGCAUGGACUUAGAUACAGUAGAAUAUUAUAGAAUAUAGUAUAUACAUAUGAGAUGAGUAGUGCAAGAUAUGUAAACAUUAUUAAAUCAUCAAUCUUUUGUUUCGGGAAAUAGUUUUGGUUCUCCAUAGAUCAUCUAAACCAGAGAUUGAGAAGCUUAGUGCCCUUCAGUCCUAUCUCUCUAUGCUGUUGACUAGGGAUAGGACAAAACGACACUCACAGAAGCAUUCACUUGCAUGAAUGGAAAUGAUUCAUCUCCCAUUUAUUUUAGUUUAACAGCUCACCUUAUGCGAAUUAAGGAGGUUGAACUUCUAUACAGAAGCUGAAGGCUAUUUUAUGUCCCUCAAAGCAAUGUUUCCUCCAUAAUAUUCUCCAUCCCGAAUUCUAUCAAAGAAAGACAGAUGGUAAUAAUGUGUCAUUUAUUUCCAUUUUCUCUUUUAGAGAGUGUAUCAACGUCUUUCAAAAGUCAUUUAUAGAGAUUGUUGAUCUUUGACAGCAGGGGACUGUGUAUUUCACCUAUAGUGUUGGUUCAAUUGAAGCAUUGUGUCAUCGACAUAUUCACUGAGGCUUGUGAAUAGUAAUAGUGUUCAAAGAAGUCCUAGACCUAUGUAAUAGGAGCUGGGAGCCCAUGGAACAUGGAUUGAAUCCAUUCUCCCAGGUGUCUGUGACCUUGGUGAGAGGCUGCCAUUUAUCCAAUGCGUCAAUUUAAAACGAUAGGCUCCAUUCCUUGAAUGCCAAGUAUUUUAUGUCAAACCGAUAAUUAGCUGAAUGUGAUUCAUUUGUUAUGGUUAUAUAGUAGUACUGUAGCUUUAGUUUGAAUUCGAUAUGAUUCGCCCACACAUAAGAACUGAGAUGAGAGAUGAUAUACUGUACUGUAUUCAUUAGUAUUGUUGAUGCUGAAUACUCACUGCAACAAUAUGAGAACAGUAUUUGCUCUGUAACUAGACACUUGUUACCUUACGGUUCUUGGAUGAAGUUAAUUGAUUUGAUGCAAUGUUCAUUGCCUCCAUCAUGGUUUACAAUGCUAAUCUCAUGCUGUUAUAGAGCGGAAGGCUAUUGGUGUCUCUUUGGAGCAGAUGUGUUCCUAUGUUUUUCUUUUAUAAACUCUCUAAUGACCUGCUUUAGUCUGCGUCUGGUCAGUUUAGGUCUGGGCCUAAAGCUAUGAUUAUGAGCACAUACUGUAAGACUUGCAGAGUUUGUAUUUAUCCUAUAUCUUUACAUUCCUGUAAAAUGCCGAGUUUGUUUUCGAAAAUGGUGCUCAAAGUAUCCCAAGUCUAAAUACUGGAUUUUAGAACCGGCGAGGACGAUGUAGCACCAUCCAAUGGAAAUAUCUUCUACUCUAUCAUCAGUCUUUCCAUAGUAAUUAUGAAAUAUUUAGUUGGUUUGAAAUAAACUCUGCGAUAAAUGGUCAGAUUGUGUGUGCCUUGCCUUCAGUAGCAAUGCAGAGGUCAGAGGUUGGACAAAAAGUCAAUGUCCCCUCCCUAAUGAUGGUGUUUCCAACAGGAUGUUACAACUCUUUUCCAACCGAGGUGUUUUUAUGUUGGAAGGGAAACCUACGGGAAGGGAAAGUGUACUCUCUGUCCAGCUGCUGCUGUUUCCUACUUACAUUAACUUUCCCAUAAUGGCCGAUCCUCUACUCGAGCAGCUUCCACCAUAGCUAACUCAUAACGUUCUCACAGCAUUCCUGGAAGGUUAUUUCUUCAUUGUGUUUUGACAUGUUGACGGAAGAGGUAAUGGUGACAUAGAUAGACCCCACUAUCACACCCUCCUGAGGACUAAUGGGAGUAGGAAAGUCCUCCUUCCCCUUCGUAUUGUUUCCACUCUGUUGGAGGAAAUGUCCUUCUGACAUCUUGGUUGAUGUGGUCAUGCUACUACUACUAUUGUCCUGUUUUCAACCAGUGAUUACAAGGUCCAUAUGCAAUUAAUGUCAUCAUUAGCCUGUAAGUACUGAUCAUAAGUGCAUUCUACAGUUCUGAACAUUUAGAGUAGAAUGUCAUUUCCUUGGCCAGUGUUCUCUCAUCCCUUUGCAGCUAACACAUUUUUUUCCCCAUAGGAAGAACAUUUCAUCAGCAUACACUACCGGUCAAAAGUUUUAGAACACCUAGAUUUUACAUUUUAGCAGAUGCUCUGAUCCAGAGCAUGAGCAAUUAGGGUUAAGUGCCUUGCUCAAGGGCACAUCGACAGAUUUUUCACCUAGUCGGCUCGGGGAUUAGAACCAGCGACCUUUCGGUUACUGGCACAACGCUCUUAACCACUAAGCUACCUGCUGCACCUACUCAUUCAAGGGUUUUUCUUUAUUUUUACUAUUUUCUACAUUGUAGAAUAAUAGUGAAGACAUCAAAACUAUGAAAUAACACAUAUGGAAUCAUGUAGUAACCAAAAACUUUUUAAACAUAUCAAAAUAUAUUUUAUAUUUGAGAUUCUUCAAAUAGCUACCCUGAAAUGCUUUUCUAACAGUCUUGAAGGAGUUCCCACAUAUGCUGAGCACUUGUUGGCUGCUUUUCCUUCACUCUGCGGUCCGACUCAUUCCAAACCAUCUCAAUUUGGUUGAGGUCGGGGGAUUGUGGAGGCCAAGUCAUCUGAUGCAGCACUCCAUCACUCUCCUUCUUGGUAAAAUAGCCCUUACACCGCCUGGAGGUGUGUUGGGUCAUUGUCCUGUUGAAAAACAAAUGAUAGUCCCACUAAGCCCAAACCAGAUGGGAUGGCGUAUCACUGUAGAAUGCUGUGGUAGCCAUGCUGGUUAAGUGCCUAAAUAAAUCACAGGCCGUGUCACCAGCAAAGCACCCCCACACCAUAACACCUCCUCCAUGCUUUAUGGUGGGAAAUACACAUGCGGAGAUCAUCCGUUCACCCACACCGCGUCUCACAAAGACACGACGGUUGGACUCCAGACCAAAGGACACAUUUACACAGGUCUAAUGUCCAUUGUUCGUGUUUCUUGGCCCAAGCAAGUCUCUUCUUCUUAUUGGUGUCCUUUAGUAGUGGUUUCUUUGCAGCAAUUCGACCAUGAAGUCGACCUCCUGAGUGACGCAGUGGUCUAAGGCACUGUAUCGCAGGGGCGGCGCACAAUUCGUCCAGGGUAGGGGAGGGAAUGGCCGGCAGGGAUGUAGCUCAGUUGGUAGAGCAUGGCUUUUGCAACACCAGGGUUGUGGGUUCGAUUCCCACGGGGGGCCAGUAUGAUUUAUUUUUUUAUGUAUGCACUCACUAACUGUAAGUCGCUCUGGAUAAGAGCGUCUGCUAAACGACUAAAAUGUAAAUGUAAAUGAAGGCCUGAUUCACGCAGUCUCCCCUGAACAGUUGAUGUUGAGCUGUGUCUGUUACUUGAACUCUGUGAAUAAUUUAUUUGGGCUGCAAUUUCUGAGGCUGGUAACUCUAAUGAACGUAUCCUCUGCAGCAGAGGUAACUCUGGGUCUUCCAUUCCUGUGGCAGUCCUCAUGAGAGCCAGUUUCAUCAUAGUGCUUGAUGGUUUUUGCGACUGCACUUGAAGAAACUUUCAAAGUUCUUGAAAUGUUCCGUAUUCACUGACCUUCAUGUCUUAAAGUAAUGAUGGACUGUCGUUUCUCUUUGCUUAUUUGAGCUGUUCUUGCCAUAAUAUGGACUUUGUCUUUUACCAAAUAGGGCUAUCUUCUGUAUACCCCCCCUAUCUUCUCACAAACACAUUAAGAAGGAAAGAAAUUCCACAAAUUAACUUUUAACAAGGCACACCUGUUAAUUGAAUUGCAUUCCAGGUGACUACCUCAUGAAGCUGGUUGAGAGAAUUCCAAGAGUGUGCAAAGCUGUCAUCAAGGCAAAGGGUGGCUAUUUGAAGAAUCUCAAAUAUAAAAUAUAUUUUGAUUUGUUUAACACUUCUUUCGUUACUGCAUAGUUUUGAUGUCUUCACUAUUAUUCUACAAUGUAGAAAAUAGUAAAAAAAUAAGAAAAACCCUUGAAUGAGUAGGUGUUCUAAAACUUUUGACCGGUAGUGUACAGUGGGGAAAAAAAGUAUUUAGUCAGCCACCAAUUGUGCAAGUUCUCCCACUUAAAAAGAUGAGAGAGGCCUGUAAUUUUCAUCAUAGGUACACGUCAACUAUGACAGACAAAAUGAGAAAAGAAAUCCAGAAAAUCACAUUGUAGGAUUUUUUAUGAAUCUAUUUGCAAAUUAUGGUGGAAAAUAAGUAUUUGGUCAAUAACAAAAGUCUCUCAAUACUUUGUUAUAUACCCUUUGUUGGCAAUGACACAGGUCAAACGUUUUCUGUAAGUCUUCACAAGGUUUUCACACACUGUUGCUGGUAUUUUGGCCCAUUCCUCCAUGCAGAUCUCCUCUAGAGCAGUGAUGUUUUGGGGCUGUCGCUGGGCAACACGGACUUUCAACUCCCUCCAAAGAUUUUCUAUGGGGUUGAGAUCUGGAGACUGGCUAGGCCACUCCAGGACCUUGAAAUGCUUCUUACGAAGCCACUCCUUCGUUGCCCAGGCGGUGUGUUUGGGAUCAUUGUCAUGCUGAUAGACCCAGCCAUGUUUCAUCUUCAAUGCCCUUGCUGAUGGAAGGAGGUUUUCACUCAAAAUCUCACGAUACAUGGCCCCAUUCAUUCUUUCCUUUACACGGAUCAGUCGUCCUGGUCCCUUUGCAGAAAAACAGCCCCAAAGCAUGAUGUUUCCACCCCCAUGCUUCACAGUAGGUAUGGUGUUCUUUGGAUGCAACUCAGCAUUCUUUGUCCUCCAAACACGACGAGUUGAGUUUUUACCAAAAAGUUCUAUUUUGGUUUCAUCUGACCAUAUGACAUUCUCCCAAUCCUCUUCUGGAUCAUCCAAAUGCACUCUAGAAAACUUCAGAUGGGCCUGGACAUGUACUGGCUUAAGCAGGGGGACACGUCUGGCACUGCAGGAUUUGAGUCCCUGGCGGCGUAGUGUGUUACUGAUGGUAGGCUUUGUUACUUUGGUCCCAGCUCUCUGCAGGUCAUUCACUAGGUCCCCCCGUGUGGUUCUGGGAUUUUUGCUCACCGUUCUUGUGAUCAUUUUGACCCCACGGGGUGCGAUCUUGUGUGGAGCCCCAGAUCGAGGGAGAUUAUCAGUGGUCUUGUAUGUCUUCCAUUUCCUAAUAAUUGCUCCCACAGUUGAUUUCUUCAAACCAAGCUGCUUACCUAUUGCAGAUUCAGUCUUCCCAGCCUGGUGCAGGUCUACAAUUUUUGUUUCUCAAUUUGUCUGUCAUAGUUGACCUGUACCUAUGAUGAAAAUUACAGGCCUCUCUCAUCUUUUUAAGUGGGAGAACUUGCACAAUUGGUGGCUGACUAAAUACUUUUUUCCCCCACUGUAUAUGCUAAUAAAAAUACAGUUUGACUAUAAAAAACUGAAACGGAAACACUAGAUCCAGAUAGUCUCACAAUGGAUUUCCUAAUUCCUGCAAGUCAACACAGUUUCUGGGAUGGGUACCUGCAGUUAGGCUAUAUGGACAGUUCUGGAGUUCUGCCACUGACUUCACACAUCCAUCCUAGACAUCAUAUAGUCCUAUCAUCCUGUCGCUUGACUUACAUUGUAUGACCCACACAGCUUCACCAAAGCGCUUCCACCCUUCUCACACUCAGUCAUUCUCUCUCUGUCAAUAACCAGCCAAGGAGCAUGUCCGGAGCAAACGGCAGAGCCGCACCUUUUUGGUGGAAAAUGUCAUAGGGGAGCUUUGGUCGGAACUGGAAGAAGGUAGAGUCUCUUUCUCUCUUUUACGCUUCUGUUUCUCUCUCUCUCCCUCCCUCGCUCUACAGUAUUUGCUCCUGCUGUUUCUUAUACUGCUGAUCAUGCAUCGUGCUGGUUAUUCGCUGCCCUGAAAAACAACAACAUCAUGCUUAUUGAGUGGGAGGAUCUACUCUACUUAAUAUCUUUCUAGUGUUUGCUAAUAACCUCAUGCUUUUACAGUCUAGUCGAUGACAUUUCUCUACUAAUCAAAUGCUUCCUGUAGGUUUGGCUGGAUGUUGACAUGUCAGUGAUCGUAUGGUUGAUUACAUGAUCACAUGGUGAUUACUGACCACUGUGACAGUGUGGGCAUGGUGAUAGUAGGUUAUCUACUGUAUAAAAAGACUGAAAUCCAGUAUACCAAUUGUCUUAUCCUCUAUCUCCCUCUUCCAUGCCACAGUGUUAUAGUAGCUACACUGUAUCUAGUUCGCCAGUACUCAUUUUGGGUUUUAGGCAAGAUGGCGUCAUGACUACUCAUGCUGAACAUCCACUGAGUGUGUCCCAAAAACAGAAGCGGCUUUUAAAGGAAAUUGUCACAAGUCAUGCUUCAGAGGCGUUAUUGGCUACCACUAUAGUCUUCUGCUACUUCUCCUCCAAUUACGUUUCUCUCUCUCCGUGUCCCCAGGUGACCGCUAUGUAGUGGUUGACUGUGGUGGCGGAACGGUUGACCUCACAGUCCAUCAGAUACGGCUCCCUGAGGGACAUCUCAAGGAGCUCUAUAAGGCCUCAGGUAAAGAGAAUGCUCAAUGCUCAUAUAGCAGCUCUCACUGAAUGCAUGUUACACUGAGAUGGAUCUAGGCAGUAUCCUCGAUACAAAAACAAUCACAUUCUUCUGGCUGUUCUAUCACAUUCUGGGGUGGAUGCAUGUGUAAAGGACGUCACACUGCUUGCUUAGCGAGUACCAUUUCCUCCUAAUUCGGCCCAUUCCUGACGCGAACUAGGGACCUCUGCCUAGCUAGCACACGCGACCUCCGUCCUGAAGUGUCUCACCAGUCUGCGCCACGCGAAAAGCUAGCUGAUCGCUGGCUCAAGUGGGGAAACUUCAAACUGAGGAGUAAAGUUCACGCAUACCCAUGUGCUAAACAUGGACUCCUAGACUAAAAAAAACACUUUAAAAGGAGAAGUUUAACAGUAGGCUUAAUCAGGGUCCAUGCAUCCCAUCUGUUCUGUGGACUCUAAGACUCGAGUCAUUUGAGCUGUUAUUGACCCUCAUUUUCGCUUCCUCAGGCGGUCCUUAUGGCUCCAUCGGUAUUGACUAUGAGUUUGAGAAGCUCCUGUGUAAGAUCUUCGGGCCCGACUUCAUCGAUCAGUUUAAGAUCAAGCGGCCAGCUGCCUGGGUGGAUCUGAUGAUUGCGUUUGAAUCCCGGAAACGGGCCGCGGCCCCGGACAGGACCAACCCCCUGAAUAUCAACCUGCCCUUCUCCUUCAUCGACUACUACAAGAAGUUCAGAGGUCACAGUGUGGAGCACGCCCUGCGCAAGAGCAAGUGAGUUUGUGUGUGUGCGUAUGUGAGUGUGUGUGUGUGAUUGCAGAGGAGGGUUAGAGGAUUGGUACAGGAUACAGAAUACACUGAAAAUCUAGAGCUCACUCAACUCUCUAUUGAGUGAUUACCCGAUUACUUAUUAUUUUCAUAUAGACUUGAUUGUGUGUUUUGGAUCAUUGUCUUGCUGCAUGACCCAGCUGCGCUUCAGCUUCAGCUCACAGACGGAUGGUCUGACAUUCUCCUGUAGAAUUCUCUGAUACAGAGCAGAAUUCAUGGUUCCUUCUAUUAAGGCAAGUCGUCCAGGUCCUGAGGCAGCAAAGCAUCCCCAAACCAUCACACCACCACCACCAUGCUUGACCUUUGGUAUGAUGUUCUUACUGUGGAAUGCAGAGUUUGGUUUCCGCCAGGCAUUACUGGAACCAUGUCGUCCAAAAAGUUAUACUUUUGAAUCAUCUGUCCAUAGAACGUUCUUCCAAGAGUCUUGAUGAUCAUCCAGGUGCUUUUUGGCAAACUUGAGUCAACUUUUUGCCUGGCGAAAACCAAACACUGCAUUCCACAGUAAGAACAUCAUACCAAAGGUCAAGCAUUGUGGUGGUGGUGUGAUGGUUUGGAGAUGCUUUGCUGCCUCAGGACCUGGACGACUUGCCUUAAUAGAAGGAACCAUGAAAUACUUUUUCAUAGCACUGUAUGACCAUUAUUAUCGAUUUGUUUGUAAAACUGUGUUAUAAAUUAGAUUAGAUACAUUUUAUUAUCCCACCAGUGGAAAUUCAUUUGGGUACAUGUGUUUAAAAACAGGACAUAGUACCAAAACACAUAAUGCAAUACGAUACAGUAAAAUGCAUAGAAAAAAGUGCAAUACAUAGUCUAUACAAUGAAGAUUACUUCUAUCAAUCAAUCAGUUGUCCAGGCACUGGCAAUGAUUAUCCAUUAUACAGUCUGUUCGUUUUAAUCUUCUAUUGUACAUGUCUUCCUCUUGUCAGACUGUUGCUGCUCUGACAGAAAUGCAAAGCUGUGUCACAAUGAAUGGAAGUUUCACCUCUCUCGUUUUCUAAUGACGGAAAUGGACAAGGGCAAUAAAUCCAUUCAUUGAUGUGCACUGUCACUCCUAUUAGUAUGCCCAGUAAGCCAACCAGGGAAUUCAGAAUUCACCACUUUUCCCCCUCCACCACCUUAGUCAGCUCAUUAAGAGAUGCGUCUGUUGUACAAUACAGUAGACUAGUGUCAUUAGCUGACUAAGUAUUCCCACUCAGGUUCAUUCAGUUCAAAUGACCUUGUAUAAGACACAAGUCUGAAAUGCUUCCUUCCUGCCUACACACAGUAGUAUGUACAGUAGUAGUGUUACACUAAUGAAUGUUUGGAUCAGUAUUGUGCUCUUGAAUUCACUAAAGAUGACUGAAUAACUAAAAAUAAACCUUGCAUUUAUAAAGAACCUGUCUCACUUUGAUACCAUCAUGUAGUCUGGCCGUUAACAGUACUGUCUUGCAUUAGUAUAGAUUUUCAUCCUGUAUUAAACACAUGGGACCCUUAAAGACAUUCAGAUGCCAGAAACCUGAACCUCCAGCGGUCCUGCGGGUCCUCUGUCUCAUAGUCAUAACUGUAAAUCAUGUAGGAUGUCUCACUGUGUUGCAAAAGCCUUUGUGUAAAAGAGAGAGGUCACUGGCAAGCACACACACACACACACAUCUAGGAUAAUUCUCGAAAGAUACCAGACGGAUUCUAUACACUCCUAUAAGAUCUGCUACAAUAAGAACACAGUGAGGGGGAUGAGUAUACAGUACAUGUAGAAGAACAGUGGUCUCAUGAGAGCUAAUGCAUGGAGACAGACACCACGUACAGUGAUGGAAAAAAGGAUUUGAUCCCCUGCUGAUUUUGUACGGUUGCCCACUGACAAAGACAUGAUCAGUCUAUAAUUUUAAUGGUAGGUUUAUUUGAACAGUGAGAGAAAGAAUAACACAUGUCAAAAAUGUUAUAAAUUGAUUUGCAUUUUAAUGAGGGAAAUAAGUAUUUGACCCCUCUGCAAAACAUGACUUAGUACUUGGUGGCAAAACCCUUGUUGGCAAUCACAGAGGUCAGACGUUUCUUGUAGUUGGCCAUCAGGUUUGCACACAUCUCAGGAGGGAUUUUGUUCCACUCCUCUUUGCAGAUCUUCUCCAAGUCAUUAAGGUUUCGAGGCUGACGUUUGGCUACUCAAACCUUCAGCUCCCUCCACAGAUUUUCUAUGGGAUUAAGGUCUGGAGACUGGCUAGGCCACUCCAGGACCUUAAUGUGCUUCUUCUUGAGCCACUCCUUUGUUGCCUUGGCCAUGUGUUUUGGGUCAUUGUCAUGCUGGAAUACAUAUCCACGACCCAUUUUCAAUGCCCUGGCUGAGGGAAGGAGGUUCUCACCCAAGAUUUGACGGUACAUGUGGUGAAGUUGUCCUGUCCCCUUAGCAGAAAAACACCCCCAAAGCAUAAUGUUUCUACCUCCAUGUUUGACGGUGGGGAUGGUGUUCUUGGGGUCAUAGGCAGCAUUCCUCCUCUUCCAAACACGGGGAGUUGAGUUGAUGCCAAAGAGCUUGAUUUCGGUCUCAUCUGACCACAACACUUUCACCCAGUUCUCCUCUGAAUCAUUCAGAUGUUCAUUGGCAAACUUCAGACGGCCCUGUAUACAGUGGGGGAAAAAAGUAUUUAGUCAGCCACCAAUUGUGCAAGUUCUCCCACUUAAAAAGAUGAGAGAGGCCUGUAAUUGUCAUCAUAGGUACACGUCAACUAUGACAGACAAAAUGAGAAAAAAAAUCACAUUGUAGGAUUUUUUAUGAAUUUAUUUGCAAAUUAUGGUUGAAAAUAAGUAUUUGGUCAAUAACAAAAGUUUCUCAAUACUUUGUUAUAUACCCUUUGUUGACAAUGACACAGCUCAAACGUUUUCUGUAAGUCUUCACAAGGUUUUCACACACUGUUGCUGGUAUUUUGGCCCAUUCCUCCAUGCAGAUCUCCUCUAGAGCAGUGAUGUUUUGGGGCUGUCGCUGGGCAACAAAGACUUUCAACUCCCUCCAAAGAUUUUCUAUGGGGUUGAGAUCUGGAGACUGGCUAGGCCACUCCAGGACCUUGAAAUGCUUCUUACGAAGCCACUCCUUCGUUGCCCGGGCGAUGUGUUUGGGAUCAUUGUCAUGAUGAAAGACCCAGCCACGUUUCAUCUUCAAUGCCCUUUUAUUUUUUUAUUUUUUUUAUUUCACCUUUAUUUAACCAGGUAAACCAGUUGAGAACAAGUUCUCAUUUACAACUGCGACCUGGCCAAGAUAAAGCAAAGCAGUGCGAUAAAAAAAACAACAACACAGAGUUACAUAUGGGGUAAAACAAAACAAAGUCAAAAAUCAAAAAUACAGAAACAGAAAUACAUAUAUAUACAGUGUGUGCAAAUUUAGCAAGUUAUGGAGGUAAGGCAAUAAAAUAGGCUAUAGUGCAAAAUAAUUACAAUUUAGUAUUAACACUGGAAUGAUGUGCAAGAGAUGAUGUGCAAAUAGAGAUACUGGGGUACAAAUGAGCAAAAUAAAUAACAAUAUAGGGAUGAGGUAGUUGGGCGGGCUAAUUUCAGAUGGGCUGUGUACAGGUGCAGUGAUCGGUAAGGUGCUCUGACAACUGAUGCUUAAAGUUAGUGAGGGAGAUAAGUGUCUCCAGCUUCAGAGAUUUUUGCAAUUUGUUCCAGUCAUUGGCAGCAGAGAACUGGAAGGAAUUUCGGCCAAAGGAGGUGUUGGCUUUGGGGAUGACCAGUGAGAUAUACCCGCUGGAGCGCAGACUACGGGUGGGUGUUGCUAUGGUGACCAAUGAGCUAAGAUAAGGCGGGGAUUUGCCUAGCAGUGAUUUAUAGAUGGCCUGGAGCCAGUGGGUUUGGCGACGAAUAUGUAGUGAGGACCAGCCAACAAGAGCGUACAGGUCACAGUGGUGGGUAUUAUAUGGGGCUUUGGAGACAAAACGGAUGGCACUGUGAUAGACAACAUCCAAUUUGCUGAGUAGAGUGUUGGAGGCUAUUUUGUAAAUGACAUCGCCGAAGUCAAGGAUCGGUAGGAUAGUCAGUUUUACGAGGGCAUGUUUGGCAGCAUGAGUGAAGGAGGCUUUGUUGCGAAAUAGGAAACCGAUUCUAGAUUUAACUUUGGAUUGGAGAUUCUUAAUGUGAGUCUGGAAGGAGAGUUUACAGUCUAACCAGACACCUAGAUAUUUGUAGUUGUCCACAUACUCUAGGUCAGACCCGUCUAGAGUAGUGAUUCUAGUCGGGUGGGCGGGUGCAAGCAGCGUUCGGUUGAAGAGCAUGCAUUUAGUUUUACUAGUGUUUAAGAGCAGUUGGAGGCUACUGAAGGAGUGUUGUAUGGAAUUGAAGCUCGUUUGGAGGUUUGUUAACACAGUGUCCAAUGAAGGGCCAGAUGUAUACAAAAUGGUGUCGUCUGCGUAGAGGUGGAUCUGAGAGUCACCAGCAGCAAGAGCGACGUCAUUGAUAUACACAGAGAAAAGAGUUGGCCCAAGAAUUGAACCCUGUGGCACCGCCAUAGAGACUGCCAUAGGUCCAGACAACAGGCCCUCCGAUUUGACACAUUGAACUCUAUCUGAGAAGUAGUUGGUGAACCAGGCGAGGCAGUCAUUUGAGAAACCAAGGCUAUUUAGUCUGCCAAUAAGAAUGCGGUGGUUGACAGAGUCGAAAGCCUUGGCCAGGUCAAUGAAAACGGCUGCACAGUACUGUCUAUUAUCGAUCGCGGUUAUAAUAUCGUUUAGGACCUUGAGCGUGGCUGAAGUGCCCUUGCUGAUGGAAGGAGGUUUUCACUCAAAAUCUCACGAUACAUGGCCCCAUUCAUUCUUUCCUUUACACGGAUCAGUCGUCCUGGUCCCUUUGCAGAAAAACAGCCCCAAAGCAUGAUGUUUCCACCCCCAUGCUUCACAGUAGGUAUGGUGUUCUUUGGAUGCAACUCAGCAUUCUUUGUCCUCCAAAACAACGAGUUGAGUUUUUACCAAAAAGUUCUAUUUUGGUUUCAUCUGACCAUAUGACAUUCUCCCAAUCCUCUUCUGGAUCAUCCAAAUGCACUCUAGCAAACUUCAGACGGGCCUGGACAUGUACUGGCUUAAGCAGGGGGACACGUCUGGCACUGCAGGAUUUGAGUCCCUGGCGGCGUAGUGUGUUACUGAUGGUAGGCUUUGUUACUUUGGUCCCAGCUCUCUGCAGGUCAUUCACUAGGUCCCCCUGUGUGGUUCUGGGAUUUUUGCUCACCGUUCUUGUGAUCAUUUUGACCCCACGGGGUGAGAUCUUGCGUGGAGCCCCAGAUCGAGGGAGAUUAUCAGUGGUCUUGUAUGUCUUCCAUUUCCUAAUAAUUGCUCCCAAAGUUGAUUUCUUCAAACCAAGCUGCUUACCUAUUGCAGAUUCAGUCUUCCCAGCCUGGUGCAGGUCUACAAUUUUGAUUCUGGUGUCCUUUGACAGCUCUUUGGUCUUGGCCAUAGUGGAGUUUGGAGUGUGACUGUUUGAGGUUGUGGACAGGUGUCUUUUAUACUGAUAACAAGUUCAAACAGGUGCCAUUAAUACAGGUAACGAGUGGAGGACAGAGGAGCCUCUUAAAGAAGAAGUUACAGGUCUGUGAGAGCCAGAAAUCUUGCUUGUUUGUAGGUGACCAAAUACUUAUUUUCCACCAUAAUUUGCAAAUAAAUUCAUUAAAAAUCCUACAAUGUGAUUUUCUGGGAAAAAAAUUCUCAAUUUGUCUGUCAUAGUUGACGUGUACCUAUGAUGAAAAUUACAGGCCUCUCUCAUCUUUUUAAGUGGGAGAACUUGCACAAUUGGUGGCUGACUAAAUACUUUUUUCCCCCACUGUAUGUGCUUUCUUGAGCAGUGGGACCUUGCGGGCGCUGCAGGAUUUCAGUCCUUCACGGCGUAGUGUGUUACCAAUUGUUUUCUUGGUGACUAUGGUCCCAGCUGCCUUGAGAUCAUUGACAAGAUCCUCCCUUGUAGUUCUGGGCUGACUCCUCACCGUUCUCAUGAUCAUUGCAACUCCACGAGGUGAGAUCUUGCAUGGAGCCCCAGGCCGAGGGAGAUUGACAGUUCUUUUGUGUUUCUUCCGUUUGCGAAUAAUCGCACCAACUGUUGUCAUCUUCUCACCAAGCUGCUUGGCGAUGGUCUUGUAGCCCAUUCCAGCCAUGUGUAGGUCUACAAUCUUGUCCCUGACAUCCUUGGAGAGCUCUUUGGUCUUGGCCAUGGUGGAGAGUUUGGAAUCUGAUUGAUUGAUUGAUUGCUUCAGUGGACAGGUGUCUUUUAUACAGGUAACAAACUGAGAUUAGGAGCACUCCCUUUAAGAGUGUGCUCCUAAUCUCAGCUCGUUACCUCUAUAAAAGACACCUGGGAGCCAGAAAUCUUUCUGAUUGAGAGGGGGUCAAAUAAUUAUUUCCCUCAUUAAAAUGCAAAUCAAUUUAAAACAUUUUUGACAUGCGUUUUUCUGGAUUUGUUGUUGUUGUUAUUCUGUCUCUCACUGUUCAAAUAAACCUACCAUUAAAAUUAUAUACUGAUCAUUUCUUUGUCAGUGGGCAAACGUACAAAAUCAGCAGGGGAUCAAACGUACAAAAUCAGCAGGGGAUCAAAUACUUUUUUCCCUCACUGUAUCUAUUGUUUUCCUACAGACAUACAUGUAUUCCAAAGAGAGCUCAAUGUGUUCAAUCUCCAUACAGAUAAUAUACCAAGAAGCACAAUGGGUAAACAUUUGUGAAAGAUGCAGGGAUUUUAUUAUAUUCAUUCAGACUGUAAAAAAAAUAAAAAAUAAAAAAGGUCCUAAAGUCAUUAUAGGCCACCUACUGACGAAGAAGGACGUCUGGUUCAGGGUGCAUUGUAUCAGUGCUUAUACAGUAGCCUACAAAUCUACUGGUAAUCAGAGCAGCGUCAAUAAUGGCAUGCUUAUCUGUCCUCUCUUCUCUCUGCAGUGUGGACUUUGUGAAGUGGUCCUCCCAGGGCAUGCUGAGAAUGAACCCUGAUGCCAUGAACGCCCUCUUCAAGCCCACCAUAGACCACAUCAUUCAGCACCUCAGUAAG